AUGCUCCAGCAAAAUCUUGGCUCCCACUCGGUAGGCCCCGCCGCCACAACGCCACAACCGCCGCCGCCCGUUGACGUAGAGGAUACCAUCCCGGGCACGCGGCGCCUCUACGACGAGCACGGCAGCAACCUGCGCGGCGACGGAUCGCUGCUCAAGCACGGCGAUGUCGUGCUCGUGCCGCAGCCUACUUCGUCGCCCGACGACCCGUUGCGCUGGUCGCUGCCGCGCAAGGUCUGGCACUCGUUCCUGGUUCUGUACAUCGUCGGCCUCACAGCCGCCACCUCCAACAACGCCAGCUCGGGCUCCGACGGCGUCAACGCGGAGUACGGCAUCAGCUACGACGUCUUCAACACUGGCGCCGGCGUGCUCUUCAUCGCCAUCGGCUACUGGACCCUGCUGAGUUCGCCGCUUGUCCAUCUGUACGGGCGGCGGCUGGGCUAUCUCAUCUCCAUGGCCGUCAACAUUGGCGGCCUCGUUUGGUAUGCCCGCAUCGACAACGUCGCGGGCGUCGUGUGGUCCCAGCUCUUUGUCGGCGCUGCCGAGUCGGUCGCCGAGGCGACGGUGCAGCUGUCUCUGCUCGACAUCUGGUUUGAGCACCAGACUGGCAGUGUGUUUGGUCUUUACACGUUUGCGACCGCCAUUGGGACAUAUCUCGGACCCCUUGUCGGUGCACAUGUGGCCACCAGCCUUGGCUGGCGGUGGAUCGGCUACCUGGGUGUCAUCAUCUGCGGUGUAAGCCUGGUCCUCCUCUUCUUCGGUCUCGAGGAGACCGAGUUCAACCGGGACCGCUACCUCUCCAACAACGGCGAGAGCUACGCCGCAGAAGACUCGGUCCCGGUUCCGGAAAAGACGUCCGUGAACGCCCUGGACGGAAAGUCCGUCGACAUGGAACGCACCGCUGCCGCCGCUGCCACCACCCCCAGAUUAGGUGGCCUCGGCGACGACGGCAUGGCUUUUCCCCGCCGCAAGACGUACUGGGAGCGCAUCCGCGUCAUCACCCCGGCGGACAACCUGCGCGGUACGGGCUUCAAGCAGUACAUCUUCCGGCUCUGGCACACGCUCCGCGUCUUCACGUUCCCGGCGGUGUGGUACGCGGGGUUGCAGUGGGGCCUGCAGAAUAUCUGCCUGACGUUCUACCUGACGGUGCAGGAGGACUCCUGGGAGGGCCCGCCGUGGAACUACACGGGCGCCCAGGUGGGCAACAUGAACCUGCCGACGCUGAUUGGAAGCCUGGUGGGGUGCGUGUACGGCGGGUAUGGCAGCGACCGGUUCAUGCAGUGGAUGACGAAGCGCAACGGGGGCGUCAUGGAGGCUGAGUUCCGGCUGUACCUGAUGGCGCUGUGCACCGUGGUGUUCCCGGCGGGCAUGUGGAUCUUCGGCAUUGGCAGCGCCCGCGGGUGGGACUGGCCCCUGCCGUACGUCGGGCUCGGCUUCAUCGGGUUCGGGUACGGCUGCGCCGGAGACCUGAGCAUGUCGUACCUCGCCGACUCUUUCCCUGAAAUGGUGCUCGAGGGCAUGGUGGGCACCGCCGUCAUCAACAACACCAUCGCGAUGCUCUUCACGUUCGUGGCGAGCUACUGGAUCGAUACGGGUAUGGAGAACUGCUUCAUCGUCCUCGGGGUUCUCAGCCUCCUCAUAAUGGGCCUGAGUCUGCCCAUGGUCGUUUUUGGUAAACGGACGCGGCGCUGGGCUAAGGAUAGGUACAUGGUAUUUGUCGACAUCCGUGACGGUUUCUCCAAGUGA